AUGUUCGAGUGGACAUAUGCGGGUAUUAAUUUUUCGGCAAAAAAUACCGAACCUUGGGCUGAUGAUGGAGGUAUUGAAUGUGCUGCACAUUCAACCUUACGUCAACGCUUACUUGAAACACUCAUCACAGUGAUCGUCGCAUCAUAUGAAAUUUACUAUGCAACUUAUUAUGCAAAAAAUCGAUUAGGAACAUCAUUCCCACGUGAAUACGCUAGAGAACGACAAGGACGACCAAGUGUAUUAAGACGUUUAGUACUUGUAUGUUAUGCACUUUUAUGGGGUAUUGAAAUUGGUUUUAAAUUAGCUUCACGUCAAUUUAUUUAUAUACUUAAUCCAUGCCAUAUGGUUACUUUAAUACAAAUUAUUCUCCUGACAUUUUCUUCAAAUUAUUAUACGCGUGGUCUUUAUCGUUUACAUUGUGGUAUGUUAAAUGGUGGUACACUUGCAAUUUAUUUUCCAGUGACAGCAACAAGACUUUUUCCAUUUGAAGUUGAACUCUAUUAUAUUCAACAUAUUCUUAUUUUAGUCGUACCAAUUUUUCUUCUCUCAUCUCAUGGAGGUUAUAGCCUUGAACCGGUUGCGUCUUUUCGGUGGACAAUUUCAGCUAUAGCUAGCUUUCGUUUUUAUCAUUAUUUUGUAUUACAACCAGUUUCCUUAUUAACCUGGGUAAAUCUAAAUGGUGUUCUAUGUCCAUUUCAAUUUGAUCCAUUUAUUGGUCGUUAUUAUCGUUUAUGGGCUAAUAUACAUCAAACAUUAUUUAUGAUAAUUCAUCAUAAACUAUUUUCAGUUGUAGCUCGUACAAUUAUCCAAUUUGAUCUACGACGUAUAAUGUAUUACAGCCGACGACAAGACAAGCAACUACAUCAAAAUAAUAAGAUGAGUGAUAUUCCAAAAGACAAGUAA